AUGUCUCAUUCUGAUGCUUCCACACUUGUGGGAGAGCCUCUCAUACAAGUUAUUUCUGAGCAUGUCAAUGGAUCCAGUGAACCUAGUGAAACGCCUGCUUUGUUUACGCCCCCGGAACCGUCACCCCCCUUGGCCGGUGAGAACCUAAUGGACGGAAGUGGAGAGCGCCCCUCGGAGCUGCCUGAUGCGUUGCUUCGAUUGCAAAAUUCUGGUCACCAUCUUCAAGUGGUUUCGUGUGCCGCGUGGAAUGUGCGCAGCAACCAUCUUUGAGUUAAAAAGGAAUUAUCUGUUUGCUUUUCAGUUGACACCGUAAUUACAAGCCAGGAUGUUAUCGUAGGGUUCGCCCAGGCAGGCAUUGAUAUCCACGAUAUCACGUCUAUUCAACGGAGGGCAAGUAAUAAUUCGUGGGUGGUUACGUUCGGAGGCAAAGCCGUGAAAGACGCCGCCCUGAACAAGCAGUCCAUUAAGAUUGCCGGCUGUUCUGUCCUUUUGGGGGACUGUGAGAACAAAGUCUCCAUCGUUAAAAUCUACGAGCUGCCGGACGAGCUUCCCAACUCCGUUGUCAUCGACCGUUUGAGCCAUUACGAUCGAGUUAUUUCUUUUCGGCGCGACCGCGUGGCUGACGCCAUCUUCAAUGGUGUUCGCACAGCGAGGAUGUCUAUCGAGCGACCCAUCCCAGCGCAAGCCUUUAUUGCAGGCGAGUCUGAGUUCUGCCAGUUUUGGUACCCAUCGCAGCCAAAAACAUGCAGGAAAUGUGGUGCCGAGGAUCAUCUUGCAGCCGCAUGUAAGGCGCAACGGUGUUUUAAUUGUGAGCGGCCCGGCCAUCAUGCGAAGCAGUGUGACCUGCCAGCGCUCUGGCGCGUGCCUCUCGGACGGCCACGAGACCACCUCCUGUCCAUUGAUCUUCUAUAG